CACACUGUUGAUGUGUUUCUCUUGUUUGCGUGUGUGAGUGAUGUUUCGGACUCUCCGCCAUUGAAAUUUCUUAGCCGAGAAUUGAAAUAGGGUUCAAUUUUUAAAUCGGCGAAAAUCUUAAUCAUCCCUUUUUCAUUACUUAUUAUAUUUAAGCAUAUUUCGUGCAAAAACAAUAUAUCCGAUGGCAGACAGAGACACAGAUGAGUUAAACAUCGAUAAUGUAAUAAAAAAAUUAUUAAAAGUACGAGGCGAGAAGCCUGGUAUGAAUGUACAGUUAACGGAAAUCGAGAUUAAAGGGCUAUGCUUGAAAUCACGAGAAAUAUUCCUUUCACAGCCGAUAUUACUUGAAUUGGAAGCACCGUUAAAAAUAUGCGGUGAUAUUCACGGUCAGUACUAUGACCUGUUAAGGCUGUUUGAAUAUGGCGGCUUCCCACCAGAGUCUAAUUACUUGUUCCUCGGAGAUUAUGUUGACCGCGGUAAACAGUCAUUAGAAACAAUUUGUUUGCUACUAGCAUACAAGAUUAAGUAUCCAGAGAACUUUUUCUUACUACGAGGGAAUCAUGAGUGUGCUAGCAUCAAUAGGAUUUAUGGAUUCUACGACGAAUGCAAAAGGAGGUACAACAUCAAGUUGUGGAAAACUUUCACGGACUGCUUCAACUGCUUACCAGUUGCUGCGAUAGUCGACGAGAAAAUCUUCUGUUGCCACGGCGGUCUGUCACCGGACCUGCAGGCGAUGGAGCAGAUCCGACGGAUCAUGCGGCCGACUGACGUGCCCGACCAGGGUCUGCUCUGUGACCUGCUGUGGUCAGAUCCGGACAAGGAUACGGCCGGAUGGGGCGAGAACGAUCGCGGUGUCAGCUUUACCUUCGGCGCUGAGGUGGUAGGCAAGUUCCUGUCGAAGCACGAAUUCGACUUGAUCUGCCGCGCGCACCAGGUCGUUGAGGACGGCUACGAGUUCUUCGCUAAGAGGCAGCUCGUAACGCUGUUCUCCGCGCCCAACUACUGCGGAGAGUUUGAUAAUGCGGGUGCGCUGAUGUCUGUGGACGAGACCCUGAUGUGCUCGUUCCAGAUCCUGAAACCAGCCGACAAACGCAAAUUGUACUCCGGCCUCAACAUGGGCCGCCCAAACACGCCGCCGCGCGCCCAGCCCAAGAACAAGAAGAAAGAUAUUAUCUGAGGGCAGCUAAAGCUGAAGUUAAACGCCCCAGACCGCCGCCAUCGCUUCGGAAGUCGACGACUUGCAUGGAUUCCCACGUUUAUUUUUUUUCAUGUCCAUUUUUACCCUUCCGUUCACUUGAUCUUUGUUGACAGCCUUUGAUUAUACGUGGACAAUCACGGCAUGCGAAUAUAAAAUUGUGUACCGUCGACUUAUUUAGUGACCUGGUAUGUCAUAUUAUAUAUCGGCAAGUAAAUGAAAAUAGCAAAAAUUAUAUGUGCAUUGAGUUUAUAUAUCGUUAGUGGUGUGUUAUGUUACAUUCCUCGGCUAUGAUAAAUUUCCUCAUCGGAUAUGAAUAAAGUCUUUUGGUUUAUAUCGAUUGUUUAAAAAAUAAAAUAAACACCUAAACAUGUUUUCAUACUAAUUAUUAUGAUCAGUACGAACACUAGGAGCAACCCUUAAUUAAUAAAAUAUACUUUUUGUACUUACCCUAUCUUUGUUAUAACUUUUGCGUGUAUAUAUAAAUAAAUUACAUGAAUUGAAUUGUUUUAAUUAGAUUUCAAAGGCUGUCAAUUUUGUGCAAUUUGUGUUAAUGGAUUUGAAUGUUUGUAUAUUGAAAUCAUGAAUUAGACAAUCAUGUUCUUGCUCUCUAAAAUGUCAGAGGCAUAUAGUGUCAUGUCACAAAUAACACAGUCAAUAUUAUUGGAGGACUGCAUCGCAAUGCAAAUCCGCCUGUAAUCCGUAUCUCGUACUUUGAGUUGUUCACGUAUAUUCGUUCCGAAUAACUGAAAGAUUUUUAUUAUAAAAACUCAGUUAUAUCUAUCUAUCAAUAAAUAAAACAAGCUUAAUUUUAAAAUUUGACUUCACUUUGCGUUAUUUGUUAAAAUCAAAGGAGAGCGCACAUUAAAAUCCCUAAUAUAAAAAAACUUAAAAACUAGACUAAACUAAAGACAGAAUUUGCGGUCAAGGGGCGGGGUUAGGAUCAGGCACUGACUCCGCUAUAUUACUAACACAAACGAAUUUCAUGAUCCAGUUAUUUUUUAUAGUCCAUAAAGAAUGUGUAAAUUUACCACAGGCGGAUUUCAAUAAAUUUGCGUUGCGGCCUAUAAAGUAAAAAGUUCAUUUUUGCUCGCACGAUCUACAAUUGCUGGACGGUUGUGUUCAGUCGACAUGAGCCUUGGACUUUAAAUACUUACCUACAUCACAAUAGUAUCGACAUUUUGCUGUGGCAAUUUCGUCUUAAGUCAAGAAAUUACGAAUAGUGCUACCAAACUUAAUUUUUUGAUAGAAUUGAAACUAUUAUCCAUACACGAAUCAUAUUGUAACAAAAAAAAAAAAAAGACAUGUUUUUUGAUUAAAGUACAGCUGGAAUAUGAAAAUACGUUUUCCUGCUAAACUUAUGUCAAUCUUUUCCUUAUGUUAACCGCGCGUACAGCCUCAACGCAAAUUUGAAAAAAAUAAAAGCUCGUUUGAAGAUUAUUACAAUGGGGUUAGAUUUAAUUUCUCAAUGUUUAUAAGCUGCCAGUGUUGCAUGUAAAAACAAUAUUUUUUUAUUUUCUAUUCAUAAUAAUAUGGGAGUACAAGGAGCGUUUAUGUAAAACAGUAUGAUUGUUCAGUAUGUAUCCGUUGUAUGCUUGUUCGUAUGUCUGUUUCUACGCUUGUGUCGUACUCAAUAUCCAAUAUUUUAAGGCGCUGCGAGAUUUCAGUAUUACACGAUAUAGUUUUUUCAAAUGUCUUUUUAAAAUGCAAUUCAAAUCAAUACGUCUAUUACGACUACAAACGUUCUAUAGAUACAUAUUUUUUUGUGGAACUGGAUGAAUCUACAAACAGAGUAGAACUCAAAUUAAUGUACAUUAGUUUUUGAAAAGUGACCGCUAUACCUUAAGACACUUCGUUUCAAUUGGGUUUGGUAUCAGCCAACUCAUCGCGUUUAGGAAUAAACUCUGACGGUCUUGCAAAUCGAUACGAGCCAAACAUUUACUUAAUCUUUAAGCUGUUUAAACAAAACAUUAAUCAAAUGAUUUUCAUGUACGAGUUAGUGACAGAUCUGUCAUCGCGUUCAAGUUCGGUCAUUGUGUCCCGAAAAUAAAGAUUAUCUUGUUGGAUACCAGCGUCAAAUUCUUCUUGAUUUUUUUUAUAAGGUUAUAGGACAUGCCGUAUCAUGUAAUACCGAAAGUUCGCAGAAUUUAAUGACAUUGAGGAAAGAAGUUAAUGAUAAUAUUGAAAGUAAUUAAUUGAUUAUAAACGAUAAGUAGUAAGCGUUAUAUAAGAUAAGGUCCUUUGUGAGGCCGUCCCUUUAACUGUGCCUUCCAUUUUUUACGUCAUAUCGAAAUUGGACACUCGUUAUGAAACAUGACAGAACAUAAAACAUUCAAAAAAGGUACAGAAGUCUUAUGCAAUAAGUAUUAAGAUGAGUACACAACGGUAAAAAACAACACAAUCCUUAGUUGGGGUAUCAUAUUACGGUUUUGAGACCAAUCAAAACGCACAUAACGCCAGUACGCAAAAAAUAUGGCAAAUACUUUCAAGGCGAGAGUGAAUAAGCAUUUUCAAGGCAACCACUCCCCAACAUAGACCUCAUCAUUGCAUCACUGAUAAUCGAGAUCGAUCUCGCGUAAAGAUAAAAUGAGUUACAUGAAAAAGGCUAUCAAAUUCUUAACUUAUGGAAUCAUAUUGGCCUACGGUGUUCACAUUAAGACGAUUUUUUAAUGCGGUGUUGAAUAAUGUUAUAUAGGGUAUUUUAUCAUCACGAAAUGAUGAUAUUUAUGUCUCAGGAUAAUUUUUGCCAAAAACCUAGGAUGAUUGAUUGCAAAUGAGCGAGUAAUUGGAAACUAAGACAGUUUUUUCGAGACAAGUUUAGGUGAUUGCCAACGCCAUUGCUUGACGCUCUGUUCAUCUCUAGAGACGUCAAAAGAUUGUAAACAAUAUUGUCUACUGUUUUUUAAAGAACUUUAUUACUUAAAGGGUCUUAAAGAUCAUAAUCGCGCGUGACAUCGAAAGAUAUGUACAACUAACGGAUUGUCAAAACUUACAUGGCCAAAAAUAGUUUCUAACCUAACCAAACUUCUUUUGGUAACACACCCAUUUUUUAGUUUCCAACUAUCAGCUCCUUUGCCACACGCCUACAUCUUUUGUGGCAUAUAACGAGCGUUAAUUUUGAAUGACGUAAUAAGUGAAAGAUCUCUUGGACGCAUGUAGUGACGACGUAGGUGAAGCUUUGUGCGUUCACAAUUUAGCAUGCUGACGUAACCCGCUUUUGUUAGACUUUUAUAAUUUUUUAUUCCAAUAAAACUGCUUCCAACACGGAUCAUCUGUUAAUAUUA